AUGCCCGAUAUGCUCAUUCCCCCGAUCACGAAUGAUCCUUCCAAGGUCCAACUUGCCCGUAUCAGUCAUGUCUACUUUGAACACCAUGAUCUGGACAAGUUUAGAGAAUUUGCAAAAGACUUUGGAUUUGCUGAGGCCGAGGUUGCUAAAGAUUGUAUAUACUUUCGUGGGUAUGGGGUAGACCCUUAUGUUUACGUAGCGACCAAAAGCAAAGAUGGAAAGCCUCGGUUUCUCGGGCCAGCAUUUGUUGCAGCAUCAGAAGAAGAAUUCCAAAAGGCAAGCAGCAUCAAGGGGGCCAAGGUAAUGGACUUAGGUAGUGCUCCGGGUGGUGGUAAAAUCGUUACCUUUAGCCGUCCGGAUGACACCUUCUUUCAUGUGGUUUAUGGACAGGAAGAGAGAGUGAUGUCGAAAGAAGAGCCUUCAGCGACACAUGAGCAACAGGGUGCGUUUAAUAAACCUUUUAACAAACCGAGACUAGGCAAAUUUCAACGUUAUCAUCCCGGUCCAGCACUUGUACACAAAUUGGGCCAUUUUGGUUACGUCGUACCGGAAUUUGAUCAAGAACUCGAGUGGUAUACAUCAAACUUCAAUUUUGUGCCUUCCGACAUUUUGUAUCACUGGGACUUUUCCAACAUUGACGUCUUGACUUUUAUGCACCUCGAUCUUGGCGAAGAAUACUCAGACCACCACUGCUUUUUCAUGCAAAGGGCAGAACCGCACGUCAAGAAGACAUUUGUCCACCACACCUCAUAUGAAGUCGCGGAUUUUGAUACCCAAUUGCUUGGGCAUGACUGGUUAGCCAAAAAAGGAUGGGAAAGUGUCUGGGGGGUAGGUCGCCACGUGCUCGGAAGUCAAAUAUUUGACUACUGGCGUGAUUCAAGUGGAUUCAAGAUAGAACAUUAUACCGACGGUGAUGUCGUGAAUACACAUAUCCCGACAAAAAGGGACGUGGUUGGACCGUUUUCGGUUUGGGGUCCGGAGGUGCCGAAGGAUUUUGGGGAUAAGAGUCUUGAAACAACAGGUUAG